GCCCGCCCCCCGCCCGGCGCUGCCGCCGUUCCCGGAAGCCCCGGGCAGGCGGGGCGGGACCGGGGCCGCCGCGGGAGCGGAGCCGAGCGGGGCCGGACGGACCAUGGCGGGAAUCCCGGGGGGGUCCCCAGCGGACGUGGCGGCAGACGGCACGGGGGGCGAGGGGCGCGUGCGGGCACUGCAGCGGGAGGUGCAGGGCGUCACCACCAUCAUGACCCAGAACGUGGAGCGGAUCCUGGCGCGAGGAGAGAACCUGGAGCAGCUGCACAGCAAAAGCCAGGACCUGGAGGCCACGUCAGAGCACUUCCGCACAACGUCCCAGAAGAUGGCCCGGCGCUACUGGUGGAAGAACGUGAAGCUGCUUGUCAUCCUUGGCCUCGUGGGCGUCAUCGUCCUCAUCCUCAUCAUCCUCCUGGCCACCGGCACCAUCCCCACCUAGAGCCACUGUCCCCACGGGGACACGGCCACCCCAGGGCCCAAAUACAGAUGGGGGGGAGAGCCAG